AAAAAAAAGUGAAGCGAAUACAAACACGGUGUGUAGGGCUAGCACACUGUGCACUCGCUUUAGAUAAGCUACACUAUCUCGCUGUUCAAUAUGGCCACUAGGUGGGGUAUUUGUGGCGCUGGUAAAAUUUCUUUAGACUUCUGCAUGUGCAUUAAAUCACUGCCUUCAGAGGAUCACCAGAUAGUUGCUGUGGCAGCUAGAGACAAAGGGAGAGCCGAAGACUUUGCCUCAAGAUUUGGCAUUCCAAAGAGUUAUGGGUCCUACGAAGAGCUAGCGGAAAAUCCGGAUGUUGAUAUUGUGUAUAUAGGCACCAUACACACCCAGCAUGUCCAGAACAGUUUGCUGUUUAUCAAUGCUGGGAAGCACGUGCUUUGUGAGAAACCAAUGGCGCUCACUCUAGAAGGAUGUCAGAAAGUCCUUGCGGCGGCCAAAAGCAAAGGUGUUUUCUUCGCUGAAGCAUUUUGGAGCCGUUAUUUCCCGGCGUACAAAUUUAUUCAAGAACACCUCAAGUCUGAGGCGAUAGGUGACGUGGUUAUGGUAGAAGCAACAUUCGCCGUUCCCAUUGUGCACGUCCAAAGAUUAUACGACCUUGAACUCGGUGGAGGUGGACUGAUGGACAUUGGCUGCUACACUGUCCAGGCAGCUAACUUAAUCUUCAAAGACAAACCCGAGAUGAUCGUUGCUCAUGGAAGCAAGACAGAGACAGGUGCUGACAAAACAGCCGUAAUAACACUGAAAUACCCAGGUGAUAAGUUUGCAAGUCUGGCCUACUCAAUGGAAGCGAGUGGAGGGGCAAACCACUUUACUAUCUACGGGACGAAGGGAACUAUUGUGAUUCCAGACUCUUUUUGGUAUCCAACGAGAGUUGUGUUGAAAGAUAAUGAGGUGAAAUAUUUCCACUUACCAACAGUGGAGGAUCAGGAUGGCUCAUAUUACGGAAAUGCUCAAGGUUUUGUUUAUCAGGCUAAAGGCGUACGAGAGUAUCUCAAAGCAGGUGUAACUGAGAGCGACGUCAUCCCUCACAAGGACAGCGAGACCAUUAUGUUCAUCAUGCAAGAGGUUCUCAAACAGCUUGGGGUGAAAUACAACUAUUCUUGAGACGGGCUUCAGACUAGUCAUUUUUAUGGGACUUCAUUAUAUGAACGAUAACAGACUUCUAUUUAAAGCUUUUUUUUUGGUGUGUGUGUGUGUGUGUGCUGAACAAAGUAGCCUACAAGUUUUACAGUUUUACAUCUUCUGCACAAUGAGUUUUUCUAAUGUCAUAAGCAAAUAACAUUAACAUUAUUUUUAAGAAGUUGUUUUGUUUUUUUAAACAUUUGCACUGUUUAGGCCAUGUCGUGCUAAUGUUUGUAAUUAGUACCAUUGGAUGCUUGUUGUUGAAUGUAUUUGAUUAAUCAAAGCAUAAAUAAGGACAAUACAUGAUUUGAAAAUUA